AUGGCAACACCUACAUCCAAUCCGAAUUCUUCUCGGCUUUCUCGACUCAUUAGUCUCCUUCUAGAGAUUCACCCGAACACUUUAUCGUUGACUUAUGCCAAUAGUAGUAAUAAAUCUCCUUCCGAGUCCUUUUCUGGCCCUCAAUAUCCGUUCGACCUCGAAGGCAUUGCUGAACUGGAUCAGGAAUUCUGCCUUGGUCUGGGAUUUAGCGAGAAGAAGAAGAACACAGCAGUUCACGAACUCCAGAGCGGGAUCUUUGCCGAGAAUGGAGUCGGAGGACAGUCGGAUAAGGUUGAAAAAUUCGAGAAUUUUGAGUGGGAGGAUGUUCUACAAGCAUACGUCGGAUCAUCGACCACCUUUCUUGUCACUUCUACAACAACAACACCGACAACCUCGACAUUCACCCAAUCAUCCCCGAGUUCUAAUCCUCCCUUACUUCCUCCCGCCAUCCGCCAACUACUUGCUCACGUCCAUGCUCACUCUCUUCUUCGAGCACCUAUCGACCUCCCGUUCUACGACCACAACAAGCGAAUGGUCGGUAUGUCCCUCAAAAAAGCUCACGAAGUGACGCGGAUGGCUGCAUAUGUUGCAUCCAUUGUCCAGAACCUUCGUGUACCCAACGGUGUAUACAUUGUCGACGUCGGUGCAGGUCAAGGUCACCUUGCUCGUGAGCUUCUUGACGUCGUUCCGAGUGUAAGAGGUGUGUUGGCGUUGGAUGGCGAUGCUGUUCUUGUUGAAAGACAAGCAAAUGCGCGUCCGGCCAGGGGUAAAGGCAAAAAUUACGCUGUGGACUCUGGAACCGAUGGCGGAGGUGCUACGACCAAAGUAACACAUAAAUUCUGUCACGUCACCUCCCCGGAGAAACUCAUACAGGCUGUCGAUGAGUGGUUUGUGGAGAUAGAGACAUCGGAGGUCCUGCGUUCAGAUGUCCUGAAACCCGUCAUCUUGAUAUCAUUGCAUGGUUGUGGUUCUCUCGGCAUUGAUGUACUUCGAGCUUUUGUCGGCAACAGCCAUGGAAUCGAAGAAUUCCAGCGAGGAAAGCGGAAAUGGGGUUUCAUUGCUUGUGUUACGGUUCCAUGUUGCUAUAACCUAUUGAGGGAAGGGGAGUAUCCGUUAUGUGCAGCACCCUGUUCCUCGCUUUCAUCUCAUCCUGAUUCUUGCGGUGAAGCUUUCAAUCAACUUACUCCGCCUUUUCGGGCCGCGACGUCUCCCAUCACAAAAUACAUCCUCCCUCACCCUUUGACACCGAAUGCAUAUCACCUCGCAGCGCAGGUACCUGAUACCUGGGUCUGCUCCGAACCAAUGAAAACGUCAACUAUGGAAGACGUAACCUCAAAUUUUACGGAGAAGAUUGUCGUAUCUGCUGCUCUCGCGGUGCGCAAAGUCGUUUGGCGGGCUUUGUUGGAGUGUGUUUUUGUUCGGAAAGGCAUCAAAAUCAAGCUGGGUGGUGAUUCGGAGGAUACCGAUAAAUCUUCUGGACAGGGAUUUAUCCCGCCUAUGGAGGCGAAUGCUUAUAUACAGGGUGGUCUCAACAACAAACAUAGCAAACGUUUGAAUAAUAAUGAUAAUAAUUCCUCUCCCAAGUCUUCCUCUGCAUCUACGACGUCUUACGCAGGUAAAUUAGGCUCCAACCUCGAACAAGGUCAUCUCGGGAAGAUCGGCCGCUUUCCCUCCUGUGCGUACGACUCGUGGUCGACGUUUUUGGGUAUGGCUGGUUCGAGGUUGGGGGUUGAGCUCUAUCAUGAGAAGUCGUGGACGACAAGCCCAACCUCGCCCAGUAGUCCACUUUCGAUGUCCGCUGUUUCAUCUGCAGUCCAGCGUAUGCCCUCGUCUCAGUCGGGUACAAAUCAAAGGUCUACUUCCGGUACAGCUCAGAAUCACUCAAUAUCCGCAGCACUCCCUCCUUCUCUCGCCCCUCUCGCUCGUGCAUUAUCCAUAUUUUAUGUCCUUCGAUGCAUUUUAGGCCCACUUGUAGAGAGUGCAUUACUCGAGGAUCGGGUGCAAUGGGUACGGGAGCAGCUAGUAGCACGUAAACCAGACCUUCCGGCAGCAGAGGGCCGAGAGCGGGAAGUGACGUUAGUGAAGACUAACAUCGAGAUGGGGUAUGAGGCCUCACUUGUUCCGCUUUUCUCACAACUCGGGGAGGCAGGAAGUGCACGGAACGUUGCGGUAGUGGUGGUACCAAAAUAUAUUUCUGGGUAG